GCUUAUUUGAUCAUGUGACCAAUCGUCAUGCAUUGAUUUUUACAGCUCCGCCAUCAUUGUUGUUAUUUUGAGGCACAGACGUAAAACAGUUUUUGACGCAGGAAUACUCGCCCAAAAUGUCAUCACCAAGUCCAGGAAAGCGAAGAAUGGACACAGACGUUGUUAAACUGAUUGAAAGUAAACAUGAAGUUACUAUUCUUGGAGGCCUGAACGAAUUCAUAGUGAAAUUCUACGGACCCCAGAGCACUCCAUAUGAAGGAGGUGUUUGGAAAGUUCGAGUGGAUUUGCCAGAGAAGUAUCCUUUCAAGUCACCUUCCAUAGGUUUCAUGAAUAGGAUAUUCCAUCCUAAUAUUGAUGAAGUUUCGGGUACAGUGUGCUUAGAUGUCAUCAAUCAAGCAUGGACAGCUCUGUAUGAUCUGUCAAACAUCUUUGAGUCUUUCUUGCCCCAGCUCCUGACCUAUCCAAACCCAAUAGAUCCUCUGAACGGUGACGCAGCUGCCAUGUAUCUCCAUAAACCUGAGGAUUACAAAAAGAAAGUACAAGAGUAUGUUAGAAAGUAUGCAACAGAAGAGGCGCUUCGAGAACAAGAGCAUCAGUCAUCAUCUAGUGAAAGCUCCAUGAGUGACUUUUCUGAGGAUGAGGCACAGGACAUGGAGCUAUAACACAUCCUGCCCUAGACAUUAUCAUCUGUACAUACUUGUGCAUCAUCCUCUCGCCGACCAUGGGGAUCAAUGACUGUAGGACUGUCUGUAGGGACGAGAUCUGGACCAGUCUAGAGGACUGUAGAGUUGGGAUUUGUCUCUGUGAAAGGUUGAACCCUUUCAUUCUUGUAAACCACAUUCAAUCUGUUCAAAUUGGUUAGUAUCCACUUUUCAUUUAUCAUACCAUGAUGUCUUCAGAUGAAAUGUUUUGCUGGCAAGUAGUUUACCACAUGAACUGACAGUACAAGCCUAAUUCAAACUGCUAAAUGGUCAAGAGAAUUGUUUUUUUUUUGAGCCUCUGUCAAUCAGUAUACAAACUCAGGGAUAUUUUUUAUCAAAUCAGCAUCCUUGAAGGCAGUUCAGAUAUGAUUAAAAUCCUUUUGUAUUACAAAAGGUAUUUUUGGCAAUCAAAUCUGAUACCAUAUAUGUCACAUGGAAAUGUUUUCAUAUUCCAAGGGUUGCUGAAACUGUUUGAAUUAACUAGUUCGUUCAUUUAAUUUACAAAAUGGUAGAUUUCUCGUAUCUAGUCAGAUUAUCUUGUGGUUUAUUGGAAUGAAAUGGUUUCAGUUUUUGAAAAAAAUUGAUAAAAAUAAUAAUCUUCAUAUUUGGCUGUAUGAAAAGACAUGUUGUUUAUAGAAACCAUACUUGGCAUGCUUUACUCCUGAGAAGGUGUAUGAUUGUGUUUAGUAUGUAAUAUAUGUAAUGGCUUAGCUGUAUAGUAGCCUGGUGCAUGUCGGAACUUAAAAUUAAGUUUUGAAAAUAAAAAAUAGAUUAUUAGUAAAUGUACUCUCAAAUCAUUGAAACGUCCUUCAAAGUUCAAUAUAAUCAAUACAUAUAUGUGACUUCAAUUUGGUAUAUUAAGCAUGCACUUUGGAGAUUUUAUCUAAAACUACUUUUUUGAAAAUGAAUUUUAAUCACAAUAAUCAGAUAGAUCUUUGGAAUUGUGGGAAUCUUUUUAAAGUAAGUUCUAGCUUACAUGUAUUUUAUUGUUAGUUAACAUUCAAAGUAACAUGAUAGAUUAAUAGUCUGGUCUUUCAGUCACUUCACAGUGCUACAAAUCUGUUUUUCUACCCAUUUUGUCUUUCAGACUUUCAAAUAGUUAAACCCUGAGAAAACUCCUUUUAGAAUGCUUUUAUUAUAAUUACCAAUUUAGAAAUUAUGAUAGAAAUUUUCAUUUUGAUUUCACAGAGGCAGUUUGGAAGAAAUAAAGAACAUUUCCAAAUUAAUAAAAAAAAAAUGAAAAAAUGCCUAUAAAUUUUAUUUGAAAUGACACUAGGAUGAAGAGUAAAACGGGACAGAUAUAUACAAACAUAGCUUGAAUGGAUCAUUUACAAUCCAAAUUACCUUCUCUGCAAUCUUGAAUACAAUGAGUGAAAAUCCAUUGUCUUGGAGCCCAGUAAUAGUAGGCCAUUAAAAUGGUGAUGUACAAAAAAUUCAGUUUGUCCCACUGAACAAAAAGUGUUCCUAGAUUUUUUCUUAAAAUUGACUUCAAUGACACUUAAUUGGUACAUUAAGUUCUUACUGGCAUUUUGUUUUAGUAAGCAGAACCAUGUAAGUGUUUCUGAUCUAUAUUCUUCCAGACUUAAACAUACAAAUGAAAUCACAUGUAUACACUUUAGUUGAAGAUUGAGUUAAUAGAAUUAAGUUUAAAUACAGAUUUCCUUUUUUGAAAUACUGAUUUAAUUGAAUAUGAAAAAUUGAAGGAAUUAAUCGAAUUUGUUCUUAUUAACAAAAUGGAAAAUCAAAUUUUUGAAGAAAAGGCUGUCAUAAAAAAAGGAAUGAAAAUUAUUUGAUUAAAGAAAGAAAUACUAUGUUUUGUAUAAAACAAGUCCCCUGUUUUAACAGGUACCUGUAGCACUGACUUGAGAUACCUCGUUUAUGAUGAAAUAUUGCUGCAAUUGUUGUAGGGUUAUAUAAUUAUAAUGUAUCCCUGAGUGUGGAAUAAAACAUGGCUGUCCCCUGGUCUACUCCCCACAGAGUUCAUGUAGUGUAUCAUUGAACAUGUUAUAAGGAAAAUCCAAAAUGCAAUAUGGCUGCAUAUGUUUUUUGAUGUAGUGUAGAUACAAAACUAUAUACAAUGUUUUUGAUAUAUGAGAAAUAUCAGUUUUAAUGUGAUUUUAAUAGUGGAAAUUAUAUUGAUUUAUCCAAAUAAUUGUGAUCACUGUUUUAGGUGUAUCUUUAAACAACACAAAAGAUAUCAACAUUUGUUAUGUGCAAUUUUGUUUUACAUUUUAAAUUAAGAUAACUAAUAUAAGAAAUAGAACACCAAAUUUAUGAAGUAAGAUAACUUAAAUGUUUGAUGAUUAGAGGAAACUUAAAAAAAUUUCAAAGUUUAUUUCUCAUGAUUUAAAUUGAUUUCUUCGUAUUUUUAGAAAUUUGAAAACACUUCUAGUACAUUCCCUUUGAAAGAAGUAGAAAAUUAAUUACAAGCCGAAAAUUGAAUAUCUUCUUGUGAUAAAAUUAAUCACAUUUCUUCAAAAGAUCAUAUUGGUUGUUUGCCAAGAGACGUGUUAAGUGUGUGGAGCCAGAACUACCUGAUACUGAAGAAUUUCGGGGUAAAUGAAAAUGAUAUUUGGCACAUAGAGAGAUUUUGAUGAGAAUUUAUUGCAUCUUGAAUUUUCUAACAUUUAUAUAUAUAUAUAAUGAAUGAUUAAAGUGUGUGUCUGUGAUGUUUGCCUGAUGUAUGACAGUUUUGUAUGGGAUUGCAUGUCAUUUGUAUGUGAGACUGGUUAAGGAUGCCCGAGUGGUUUUUCAGCUUUUAAUAUCACAAUGUAUUUUAUCUUUGUUUUGCUAUGUUUUGCCUGUUUUCCUUACAGGAAGAUUUCAUGUAAGCUGUUCAACCAGACAAGGUUUUAUGUACUGUGUCCUAAUGUCAUGACCUGUUCAUUAAUACCAUUCAAUGAAUUAUUUUUGUUACAAGAAAUGAAAAGCAUUUUAGAUUGCGAUAUGAUUUUACUAUAUUACAAAUUUAAUUUCUGAUAUAACAAUUAAAGUCUGUGUGUCAUGCUAUAUGGCCUAAAAUUGAUAUAACAAUUUAAGUCUAAGCGUCAUGCUAUAUGGCCUAUAAUUGAUAUAACAAUUAAAGUCUGUGUGUCAUGCUAUAUAUGGCCUAAAAUUGAUAUAACAAUUUAAGUCUAAGCAUCAUGCUAUAUGGCCUAUAAUUGAUAUAACAAUUAAAGUCUGUGCGUUAUGCUAUGUAUGGCCUAAAAUUGAUAUAACAAUUGAAGUCUGCGUUAUGCUAUAUGGCCUAUAAUUGAUAUAACAAUUAAAGUCUGUGCGUCAUGCUAUAUAUGGCCUAUAAUUGAUAUAACAAUUAAAGUCUAAGCGUCAUGCUAUAUGGCCUAUAAUUUUCUUAUGUUCAAGACAAUAAGUUUACAGCUGAAUCUCUAAAUACUCUUCUACAUAAGACAUGUAGUUAUGAUAUUUGUUUACUAGACUUCUACAUAUCACAUCACAAAUAACAUCCUACCGUCGUACAAUUUUUUCCCCAUCAGCUGAUCUAUGUUUCAGUAGUAUGUUGAUAGUAAUGUUUACUCUAGUUGUAUCCAUGCGGUACUAUAUAAAUUGUCUAUAACACAUUUCAUCUUGUUUGUGAAUUGUUGAAAUCAGUGUCAUUGUUGAGAACACAGCAUCUUCACGUGGAAUGUACAGCUAGUACAGAUAAGGGAUGUAUAGAUAUAAUCUAAAUGCACAGUUAAGCUUUCUUUUGAUGAAAUUUUACAUCUGGCAGAAAAAAAUUGGCUCCUGUUGAAAGAAUCUAUUGUUGUAAGACAAUUCCUUUUUGUUUCAUUUUCAAUGCUUACCAGCUGAUUAUAUUCAAAAGAACAUUCUUAAGUUUGGGGAAAACAGCAUUGAUAUUUAAAUAUAUUGAUUUUUCCUGUUGAUUUAUUUUACUUACCCAUUAUAUAUAUCUGUAUUGAUGAUUAACCCAUGUUUAUUAUGUACCAUUUGUGAUUAGUUUAUUGCUUGAUUUGUUAAUGUGUUUCGGGGUGAUAUGCUUAGUAGCUACCAAGGUGUUAUCAAGGUCAAAUCCAUGAUACCAAGAUCAAAACAAUGUUAUCAAGGUCAAUUUGACUAACUAAGGCGUACAUGUUAUCAAGGUUAAAUUUGAGUUACUAAGGUGAACAUGCUAUCAAGGUUAAAUUUGAGUAACUAAGGCGUACAUGUUAUAAAGGUUUAAUUCGAGUAACUAAGGUAUACAUGUUUUCAAGGUUAAAUUUGAGUAAUUAAGGCGUACAUGUCAUCAAGGUUAAAUUUGCGUUACUAAGGCAUACAUGCUAUAAAGGCUAAAUUCUAGUAACUAAGGGGUACAUGCUAUCAAGGUUAAAUUUGAGUAACUAAGGCGUACAUGCUAUAAAGGCUAAAUUCUAGUAACUAAGGGGUACAUGUUAUCAAGGUUAAAUUUGAGUAACUUAUAAGGCGUACAUGCUAUCAAGGUUAAAUUUGAGUAACUAAGGUGUACAUGCUAUCAAGGUUAAAUUUGAGUUACUAAGGUGUACAUGCUAUCAAGGUUAAAUUCUAGUAACUAAGGGGUACAUGUUAUCAAGGUUAAAUUUGAGUAACUAAGGCGUACAAGUUGAAAGGUUAAAUUUGAGUAACUACAUGUUUUCAAGGUUAAAUACUAACUAAAGGUAUACAUUUUAUUAAGGUUAAACUUUAGUAACUAAGGUGUGCGUGCUAUCAAGGUUAAAUUUGUGAAGCUAAGGUCUACAUGUUAUCACCGGAAGGUUAAAUUUGUUUUACCAAGGUCAAAUUUGUGCAGUCAAAAAUUUUCCGAAGUCAUCUUAUUACAAAGGUGUUUUAUCAAAAUUAAGUCUGUUAUCUAAGUGUGUUAUCAAAUUCAAAUCAGUGUUAUAAAGGUUAUACACACAUUAAUUAGGUCAACUUACAUUAUAAAGUAAAUUAUAUAAUGUCAUCUUUGUAACAUAUUCCAGACUUUUACUUCCAAAAUGAUUUUCCACCUUGGUAUUGGUAUAUAGAUUACUCUUUAAUUACAGGUUGAGUUUUCCAAUUAUGCCUAAUUUCAUGAAAUUUUAGAUAUACAAAAUUCUAUUGGAUAGAUGUCAAAAGUCAGGAAAAAUUGUUUAACAACUUUUAAAAGUUACACAUGUAAGAACAUAUUUUGUCAAUGUUGUUUGUUUUUCUUUGGAAAUAUAUCCUGUUAGGGUACUAACUUGUGUUCCUGUUGAUCUGUAAUGUUAACACACAGGAAGUAGUCAGAGAAAAUACAACUGAUUGAAAGCAUGUACAAAGUUUGUUUUUACAAUAUACAUGUACUUGGUAAUGAAAGUAAAUUCACUAAGAAAUUAAAAAAUGUUUAAGCAUUUAAUUUAAUUUAAAAAUGAUUGAGAAUGUGUUGCUAGUGCAGACUACAUUAUAACCAAUGUUAAAUUUCUGGUUAUGUUACCAUUAGGGACAACUGAUUAUUGGUUUAGGGUAUGGUCAGAAUGGUUGUUGAAUUGAUGAUGGUACUGUGAUGGGUUUGUUAUGUACCAUAUGUUAACCUGAGGUAUAAAUAUACCUACAUUCAAUGUGUUCAUCACCACUUUCUCAUUACUGAGGAAAUCUUUUUCUAUAAAGAUAAAGCUUUUAAUUAAAUUAGCUAAAGGAAAACUUAACUAUUCAAUGAUUGGUAAAUUUGUCUUGCUGGUAAUGUUAGAAUGUAAAUGUAUUUUGAGUCUGUGGACCAACACCAGAGCAGCUUGUAUAUUACAGAACCAACAAAAUAAGGAAAACAUGCAUUGUAAUUCCAAUUUUAUGAAUAAUGGGUAUUUUUUGGGAAUACAUCAUUGUAUUGGCAAAGGAAACCAUUUCACUCCAUUUAUUCAUUUAUGUCUUGUUAAACACACAUUCCUCUUAGUCUAAAAAAAAAUGUAAUUCAACCUCCAAAUGUAUCUUGCAAAUUUGGCCAUUGCCAAUACAAAUCUAGUCACUUUUGAUUAACUAAGUGGAAGUACAGGUAUUGGAAUACUUCCCAGUUGUGUAGCCAGCUAUCAAACCAUGACAGGAAUUUAAAGCCAAGAACUUGUUCUGGUAGUAGUAGAUCAUUAGAAUUCUUGGCUGACGGCAUUUCUCUUACUGUACCCCUGAACUUAUCAUUUGUUAUCGUUCUGCACCUCAUUUUGAUAAUGCAUGCAUGCGGCAUCCAUUUACCAGUAAUAUAUAGACUGAGGUAAGUGAUUUUAGCACAUUAUACUAGAUCAAUAUGUAUUUAUUCUUUAAGGAAAUGAAUAAAAAAUGUUAAAUCCUA